AUGGUGCCUGUGGUGGAGCUGCCGCUGAGCGAGGAGUACGAGGAGUCGGAGGAUAUUGACCUGGCCGCCGCGGCUAGCGCCGCUGCCCGGAUCGUCGAAUUCAUUUCGGCCUCCGAGGGUGCCCUCGGUGUGGGGACGUCCGAGGGUGGUGCCAAUGCUUGGUUGCCCAGGAGGCCCGGCUUUGAUCGGGCCAGCGGCGACAUCGAGCGCGCACUCUGGUUCGCUCUGGACGCGCUCUGGUUUGCUCUGGACGUGCUCCAGGGGCAGCACCUCCAGACUGAGAAUCUGAAACAAAUGUCGCUCGACAAGAGCGAGGAGCUAGGCUUUCAGUACACCAAGGCAUACGUGCUCACAGAAGACAACUCCCGUCUGCUCAUGCAGAUAAGCGAAAUCAACGCUUGGGUGGACGAGCUGGAGGAGCGGGUCCACGUGCGGGAGGAGGAACUGGCCCAAGCCCGCCGCGAGCGCGACAGGCAGAGAGCCACAGCCGAGCACAAGGCCCAGGUGGUUGAGGAGCAGGCGGCCGAGCUGUGUCAGAAGGACCAGGCGCUCGAGCAGAGGGACAAGGCGCUCAAAGCGAAGGUGGCCGAGCUCCAGGGCAACGAGGCUGAGCUCCAGACCAAGGAGGCCGAGCUUCAACGCAAGAAGGCAGCCGUCACCAUGCUCACCGCGACCCUCACGGAGAAGGAUGCCACCCUUGCUAAGUAG